CCUCUAUUGCUGAAGAGAAGUUUGCAGAGUGAGGAAGUGAUGAUGGGGAUUGUUGACGAGAGGUGAAGCUGGUCCUGUGGUUUAGGGCGCUUUGCCUGUGAUAAUCCCUGGUCCAGGUGGGCUUCACAUGUGAAAAGAACGAAAUGGUGCGAUCAUGUUCAGCUGCUAAUUGUGUUAAUCGUCAGACAGCACUGAGCAAAAACAGAGGGAUUACUUUCCAUAGGUUUCCAAAGGAAGAAGCUCGGAGGCAGCUGUGGGUGACUGCGGUUUCUUGCUCCCAUGCAGCGGCAGGGAGUGAAUGGACUCCAUCCAUUCACAGCUCCCUUUGCUCUCAGCACUUCACUAAUCAACAGUUUGACCGGACUGGACAAACAGUUCGUCUGAGGGACAGUGCUGUGCCUGACAUAUUUUCUGUAGGCCGUACAAAGAUGCCUCGACACUGCUCAGCACUUGGCUGCACUACACGAGAUUCCAGACAAACUCGUUGCAACAAUAUCUCAUUCCACAGACUUCCAAAGAAAGAUGACCCCCGGAGAAUUAUCUGGAUAGCCAAUUGUCGACGUACUGAUCCCAGUGGUUUAGGGUUGUGGGAUCCUUCCUCAGACUAUGUGUACUUCUGUUCGAAACACUUUGAAAAAAAUUGCUUUGAAGUCGUUGGUGUAAGUGGAUACCAUCGUCUUAAAGAAGAUGCUAUUCCAACAAUAUUUCUGCCUGCAGAAAUGCUUCAAAGGACAUCAAAAACGAAGACCCAAAAAAAGAAAAAUACCAAGAACAUGAAAACAAAGCUGAAAAGGAAAAGGAAUCUUCCAGUAAUUAUUUAUCCAGAUCUCCCAGAUGGAGCAGAACCUUCUGAUACUCCAUGCUUUGAUAGCAGACGUUAUGACAAUGUACCCGUGCCAGAUAUGGUAAACUUCCAUGGACUCUGCCCUGAGAACAUUGAUAUUCCAGCUGAUGCUGCUCCAGCUGAAGGAGCCAUUGCCACUACUGUUGACCACCAGAUGCAUCCCGAGACCAUGCUUGAAGAUAUGGAUGUUUCCACAGUUAUCAGUGGUGCAGUCACAGACUGUAGCAUCGAAUCUCCGCAUGCCAAUGGUAAGGAAGCUUUAGAAGCCCCUCAGGGCUCUGAACCAGUGGAUUCCAGAGAAGUGCCGACUGAACCUUCUCGCCCAAUAUCUCCAUCUGCAUAUAUGAUUCGCCUCCCACAGCCUCCAGGUGCUUACAUCCAAAGUGAGCACAGCUACCAUGUUGGGAAUGCUCUCCUCUGGAAAAGAAGGGCAGAAUCUGCAUUAGAGGCUCUGGGCAAGGUUCAAAGACAGCUGGAGGCUUGUAGGCGUCGGGAACAGCGUCUGCGGCUUAGAAUCUCUGCUUUGCAGCAAGAACACAUGCGGGAGAGGCGGGUGUCUUAUGAUGUCCGAGAAAAACUUAAAGAACAUCUUCAGGUGUUUGAACUGCAGCUCAUCAAUGACUUUGUGUGAAACUCCAAUCUUCCUUCCAGUUGUCCAUAUAGAGCUAUCAUGGAUACUAAUUUCCCAGAAAAUGCCUUUCUUGCAUAUCAACAUAUUUACUUGCAGUACCUUAUAUUUUAGACUCCAUAAUUCUUAACACAAUACUAAGGUUGCAAGUAAAGUGGUAGUUACAUCUCAGCUGAGUUGAUAUAUGGAGAGUUUGUAGUAUGUGGAAUUACUGCAAAUAGGAAUAUACUUAUCAAGAUAUUCUUAUCCCUAUCAAGAUUAUUGAGUUGUUCUUUAAUAAAGUGUUUUGUUGUUUUGUUUGUUUUUGUUUUUUUGUGGGGGGCUGUAAUAUUCAUGUCAUCACUAAAAGACUUUAAACUGAA